AUGACCGCCUCCAUCAACGACGUCAAGGACAAGGCUUUCGACUACAUCAUUUGCGGCGGUGGCACCGCAGGUCUCACCAUCGCUGCUCGUCUCACCGAAGAUCCCAACGUGUCCGUUCUCGUUCUCGAAGCGGGGCAGACCAACAUCGGGGAUGAUGGCAUCCUGCGACUCUCUUCUUACGGCAGUCACUUUGGGAACCCUAACUACGCCUGGGACUUUAAGACCACCCCGCAAGCGAACACAGGGAACACCUGCCAUGGAUGGCAGAGAGGCAAAGGGUUAGGAGGAAGCUCACAAAUCAACUUCUUGGUGCACAUCAAGCCUCCCGCCGAAGAUGUAGACGCUAUUGAGCGCCUUGGGAACCCUGGAUGGAACUGGAAGAACCUCCAGAAAUACAUCCACCGCGCGGAAGGAUUCGUCCCUCCGGGCAAGGAUUCCUGGGUCAACGAUAUCGUGGAGUUGAAGACCGCCGACAUGGGUACGGAUGGUCCCCUUGCCAUCGCAUUCCCGGCGUUUACCUUCAUCAACGCUGGUAUACCCGUGGCCCCUCGUCCUUACAACGGACAGCCUCACGGUGCCUACCUUGCUCCUUCUACCAUCGACCCGAAGACGCACACUCGUUCCUACGCUACCACGGCCUACUACUUGCCAAACCGGCACCGGAGCAAUCUCACUGUGCUAGUGAUGGCACACGUCAACCGGGUGGUUCCAGCCACAGACGCAGCAGAAUUUGUUGCCGAAGCUGUCGAGUUCGAGUACGAGGGACGCACUUACGUCGUCCCCGCGAAGAAAGAAGUCAUCCUUUGUGCAGGUACUCUCAAAUCGCCUCAUAUUCUCGAAUUGUCGGGCAUCGGCAACCCCAACCUUCUCCGCAAGCUGGGUAUCACCCCGAAGGUCGAUCUUCCAGGGGUUGGUAGCAAUGUGCAGGAACACAUGGUCGCUACCAUCAGCUUCGAAGUCAGAGAUGACGUCGAUUUCCAAACCCUCGAUUGUCUCGCUGAUCCCGCCAUCGCUGCAAAGCACCUGGAACUCCGCGCAUCUGGCAAGGGUCUCUUCACCAAUGGGAUCGUUAACUUCGCGUUCGCUACGUUGGGUCAAAUUUCUUCCAAAGCCAACGCUAUCAUCGAGGCCACAGAAGACAAGGUGAACCGGAUGUCGUGCGACUACCCGCCUGGGAUCCUGGAGCAGCACAAGAUCACCAUCGAACGUUUGAAGAACGGCGUUGGUUGCGAGUUCAUAGCGCUCCCUGCGAUGGCUUCUCGUCCAAACCCACCUGAAGCUGGGAAGCGCUACAUCACCCUCUACUCUGCGAUGAAUCACACUAUGUCGCGAGGCACUAUCCACACGGCAUCGAAGGAUGCCUCCGUCGAACCUCACUUCGAUCCGCGGUACUUCGAGGAGGAAGUUGACCUGCAAGUUUUCUUGGAGAUGGUCAAGUUCUCCAGGAGCCUGGCCUCGGUUGCACCCCUCAAGGACAUGAUCGUCAAGGAGCUCAACCCCGGUCCUGAUGUACAAAGCGAUGAAGCACUCGUUGAUUGGCUCAAGCAAACUUUCACAACGACGUGGCAUACGGCGGGUUCCUGCUCUAUGCUCCCCAAAGUGAGCGGCGGUGUCGUAGAUCCCGAGCUGAAAGUGUACGGUGCGAAGAAUCUGAGGGUCGUCGACCUUUCUAUCCUUCCUUUGCAUGUGGCGUGUCACACCCAAGCCGUGGUGUAUGGCAUCGCGGAGCAAGCAUCCGACAUUAUCAAGGGGGCUUACAAGCCGUGA